AUGUCGGAAGAAGACCCAUCCCGGGCGAGAGCUGUCGUUAUUGCUGCAGCGGGAUCAACGAAUGACGACAGCAACAUAUCCUUCGCCGGGUCAUGGCUCAGCAAAUGUCUAACCACACACCCAGCAUGCAACGCCAUCUCCACCCACAACCACUGGUAUCCAUCUCGGCUCCUCCGGCUGGACCGCGCUCGAAUGGGAAUAAGUAUUCGGUUACAAGACUGCAAAGUUGAGGUGCCGACGGGUCCUUACAUCUCCCUGAGCCACCGAUGGGGUCAAGCCAACUUUAUGACUCUCAAUGUGAAGAAUAUCGACACUUUGAAAAUCAACAUAGCGUUAUGUGAUCUGUCAAAGACUUUCCAGGAUGCAGUCCACGCCACCCUGAGCCUUGGAUACAACUACCUUUGGGUCGACUCACUGUGUAUCAUCCAGGACUCGGAAGAUGAUUGGUUGAACGAGGCAUCAACCAUGGACAAGGUCUAUCAGAAUGCCCUCUUUACCAUCUCAGCAACCAACGCAAGGUCUCUGACCGAUGGACUCGGAUCUAUGCGUUAUACCGAUCAUGUCAGCUGUUUGUAUCGAGACGUUCGCUUUGACUCUGGGUCGCAAGCGACAAAGCGAGCACAGAUCCUCCAUACAGGUCUCUGGGAGGGUCUUGUUUUACACACACCCCUGAAUUAUAGGGCAUGGAUCCUUCAAGAACGACUGCUAUCCCCACGUAUCCUUCACUUCGGAUUAUUUCAGCUUGCAUGGGAGUGUAGCGAAUUAGAAGCCUGCCAAACAUAUCCAGAUGGGAUCCUGCCUGAAAUGAGAGAUUCAUGGACGUUGGGUGGUGCUUCAAGGCUGGCGUUGCUGCCCCGUCGGCUAUCUGACCAUCCUCCCGCGAAGGAUGAAAUCACAUAUGACUGGCAUCACGCAUGGCACUCGAUCGUGGAACGGUAUACACAAUGUCGCCUGAUAAAGCCCAGUGAUAUGUUUAUCGCACUCUCAGGUAUUGCAAGUAAUAUUCGAGUACAGAUCCAAGACACAUACCUAGCUGGCUUAUGGAAGAGCAGCUUCGUGGAAGAUCUUGGUUGGCAGUCUACCAUACCCGCAGGAGGCCACCGGCCGGAGGCUUACUACGCCCCGUCGUGGUCGUGGGCAGCGAUUGACCGCCCUGUGAGUUACCGAAGUCGUCAGGAAGGUAUCAGACAUGCCGCCGAACUGAUCGAUUAUAACAUAACUCUGCUCGACGAGAACAACCCUACUGGCCCUGUACGGGGUGCCAGUGCCACCCUCAAAGGAAAGUUAAUAGAAUUCCAAUGGGACCCACGUGACCGGGAGGCAGAUGGCGCCUCUACACAUCCCUGGAAGGGGCCCAUGAGACUGGCGGUGUCCGCCGAAGGCUUGAUUGGGGACGAAACAAUGUACUUUGGCGCUAAUGAGAUCCAGGAGGAUUGUACUGCCGAUAUUUUGCAGAAGGCUCACGGUCUCGUGCUCCGCCAGGAAGGUCAAGAGUUCACCGGUGCGAGACUGGACGGUAUAUUACUCGAUCAGGUGAGCGAGGCUCUCCGACCCACCUCAACUCGCAGGAUCUCUCGCAGGAUCGGCCAUUUCAGUGUCAGUGGGGAGAGAUGUGGCACAAUAAUGGAGUGGAGUCGAGAUGCCACUGUCACGCUGAUCUAG